AUGGCGGAUAAUAGUGAAUACAAGUUGGAUCCCGGUCCACUUGAAUUGGAUGUAUUAACGGGACAACUCACUCAUAGAUCACAGGAUAUAUGGGAAGGAAGUUCUAAUAUGAUUCUUAAUACGAGGAGAGAAGAUGGAAAUUUUUGGAAGCUCGUAGAAAAAUAUCCUAUCCAUCCACGAGUCCUUGAAGUGAUUAGAUUAUGUGGAUUGUAUGGUGUUUACAAAGCUAAUCGGCCUGCUAUCGACCGCAGUUUGAUCACUGCAUUAGUUGAGCGAUGGCGUCCCGAAACUCAUACUUUUCACUUUAGGACAGGUGAAGCAACAGUCACCUUACAGGAUGUAGAGGUGUUGUAUGGAUUACCUGUGAAUGGUGAUCCAGUACUUGGUAAUGAGACGAUAAAGACCAUAGGGGAUUGGCAAAAACAUUUGUCAAAGAUUAUAGGUUUCAUUCCAUCUCGUGAAGACUUCAAAACAAAUUCCCUCAAGGUCGCUGCAUUUAAUGCAUAG